AUGUCGACACCAUAUACACCUAGAAAUACAUCUGCCGUGUCAAUUGCAUUGAUUCAGCAGGCCAAAAGGUCGUUGGAUCUAGAAAUUCCGUUAUUUGAAACCCACAACGAGAGAGAAAAAGGAGAGUCGAUAGCGGAACUAUACUCUAUUAUAGUAGGAGUCAAUGAGUUGGAGAAAAGUUAUACUAAGGACGAAUUUGUAGAUAAUGAGGAAUACUAUACGAAUACAAUGGUCAGGCUGAUCAAGCAAUUCUACUUGAUUCUUGAAAAUGACGAGGUGAAGCAAGAAUACGGCGACUUACAGACCUUUGCUAAGCGGUUCAACUUGAAUUGUCCCUUGGCUGUUAAGAGAAUACAGACUCGAAUUCCUGCGACGAUCGAGAGGCGUGCUCGGGGUGAUGGCAGUGAUACGGAGAGCGCUACGGGGAGUUCUACUGGGAGUAAUACCGGAAGCGCUACGGGGAGUGGUACGGCGAGACCUGCUGGGAACGCAAAUGUUGAAAGCCCGGUAGCUACCGCCGCCACGGGAAGGGCUAUUGCCGAAGCCACGGGGGCACUUAUUACCCUUAUGGACGCGAUCAAACUUGAUUACAACACCAAAGAACAGCUACAUCCUUUGCUAACGGAUAUAGUAACAGCCACGAACAACUUAUUUCAGGAAUACGACGGAAGAGCUAAGUUGGUUCAAUGGCUCAUCAAAUUGAAUAAUAUGAGGUUUGACGAGACGUUGUCACACGACGAGUUGAAGGAGUUUCUAUGGGACGUUGAUGGGGCCUAUAAGGGAUUUUUUGCAAAGUUAGGAUAA